CGCCCAGCUGAAGAUACGUCACCACGGCGCCGACGAGAUCCAACGUGGCGACGAAGGACGGCAACGCAUCAUGGGACAAGUGACAUCCCAUUCCAGGAAGCCAUUCGACUUCGAGGAGUUCUCGGUCGCAUGGCUCGCAUUCAAGGGCGAGAUGUCAGAAAUCGGCAGCCGGAAUCGCUCUGUCGCGAGCAAGGCAGGGCUGUCGUCGUCCAAGCUCCUGCGGUCGUUGUUCGGCGAGAGUUUCGUGGACGAGCUCACCGAGUAUGCAGCGGACGCCGUUCCACGCGAGCACUUCAUUGUGCUCCUAGCGCAGUACUACCUCGGCAACACAGAGGACAAGCUCGGGUAUCUCUUUUCCAUGUACAGCGCGACAUGCAGCCUCGACAGGAACCAACCUGACGGUCCCGCCAUAUCGCCCGUUGACGUCGAAUGUCUGCUGGAGUACAUGGCGCCGUAUCAUCCCGUGCCAGAGAAACUCGUGGCCAUCUUUGACGAGUGCCAUCUCUCAAAAGACACGUCAUUGACGCUGCCGGUAUUCCUCACGUGGGUGCGACAGUCGCCAUCCCUCAUGACCACGAUCGCAAAGAUCUUGCCAGCGCACGUCGCCGCGAAACCCCCGCCGAUCGGGCUGUCCGUGUGCAUUCCCGAUGACACCGCGAUAGCGCUCUCAACUGAUCCGUUGAACAUGAGCCCGUCGAUGGCGCUGCAUCCGUCGAGGCACCACCAAUCGUUUGAUAUUGUCGGCGGCGACAGCAGCGACGAAGACGAAGAUGCUGCCAGUGAAUCGGACGAUCACGCGGCUGCCGCGAGCUAUUCCAACUCUGACGCGGACGACGAGCUGCGCCACAUUCCCUCGUCCAGCCCUGCUGGUCAAUGCGGCAACGCCAUGCCGCAGUCUGGUGGUUCAUCUCCUCCAAAGACCGACUCGAAUCGAACGCCGGCGACGUCUUCGCCACGUCCGCCCCCGAUGGAUGUGCGCACCACCACCAACACCACUCACCACCAAGGGCCGUCCAGCAAACCCAAAGGCAAGCACAACGCCAUCGGCAAAUUUGGGCGCGCCGUCGGGGGCGGCAUCCGCACGAUGCUUCACCCUGGCAAACCGCACACGCAGUCGAAGCACAAGUCGGGCCACGACGUCGUCGCGGCGAUCAUCGCAUCCGACCCGACCGACCACCACUACGUGGGGGGGUAUUUGCACAAAGUGAGCGAUGGCAAGUGGGCCAAGCGCAAUUGGCACGUCCGAUGGUUUGUGCUCGACAUCGACCGCGGCAUCUUGGCCUACUACAAGUCGAACCCGUCGUCGAUCGUGCAGAGUCCCCACGGCAGCGUCGCGUUCUACGACGACUUGGACCUGCACCACACGACGAAUUUUAUCCAUGCGGCGGCGGAUGAAGCGGCCUCUUCGAAUCCACUGCGCCACCGCGCGCCGCCGUCGACGAAGCCGCAUCCGUGGUAUCGCGGGUGCAUGGACCUGAACGAACCGAAUGUGUCGCUGUUGUUUGAUAAGCAGUACGGCCACAAUGCCCCGAAUAAGUUUAUCUUUCAAGUGUCGAGCGUUGGCAUGGGCGACGAAGCCAAGCGUAGGUUUCAGUACAAGCUGUGUGCGAGCACCGAGGACGAAUUUGUGCAAUGGACAAGUGCCAUUGCCCAAGUCAUCAAUCGCAAACACGUCACAGCGGCGUCGCUCGCGGCGCCCCCAGCGCCGCCCCCGAAAGACACGCUUCAACAGCAAUUGCAUCGGCAAAGGUUGAUGCAGCAGCAGCAUGCAGACCACGCACGACACGACGAUGAUGCGUCCACACAGCCCGCCAAAUCCCCAACGAAACCCACCCAGAGUCCGCCGAGGUCGCCCGCGGCAGGUUUGUCACCGUCGCUGUCGACCAAGCAGCCAGCCUCUUUGACGCCGUCGCCCACUUGUGCGAACCCGUCGCUGCCAUGCAAGCAGCCCAGAGACGCCGCGAUUCCGUGGCGGCUGCAGCUGGUCGUGGAAGGCCAGCGCCAGUGCUUCUUGUUCCUUGCCCUGGUCAACGUGUGGAGCUUUGUCGCGCUCAACUACUUUGGCUUUCUCGUUCAAGUGCCCGUGAUGGCGCUGGCCACGUACUACUUUUUUCGUCAUGUUCAUGCCAUGCCGACCGCGACUCGACGAGUCCAGCGGUGCGCGUCCGGUGCGUCCACUCGGCCCGCGGCGGACGGCGCGUUGCCAUGUGCGAUCAGCGGGGCGUGCUGCCUGCAUGCCGAUGGCCCGUUGGACGACGCAAUCUUCGCGGGAGACGAGGUGGCGGGGGAGGACGACGAUGGCAGCCCGGCAACUGUUGUCGCCCACCAACCCCCAAAGUCGUUUCGAUUCGACAUGUUGUCAACGUGUGGGCAAAGCACCGACGACGAUACGGACGAGAACGCGUGGUCGAUCGCGACAGCGACGGCAUUCAACGUCCGCAGCAAGGAGUACAAGAAGAGCAAGAAGAAGGAGCCAUCCCAAGCGGCUCUGUUGGACUUUGUCGGGGUCGAUGUCGUCCGCACGGAUGGGAAAAUCGAUUGCAUUGCCGAGCACGUCCAUAUCCCGGCGACGCUGGCCAACACGCGCCUGUUCAUUCUUCAUGCCCAGAUGCCGUUGUACGCGCCGUCGCUAUUUCAUUCGAGCUACGAUGGCCCUGGGGCGAGCCUUAUCAUGUACUGGAGCAUUCCACCUGCGAUCGAAGAGGCACUCCAGUCCCCCGAGAUUCCCGCGAUGCAGUUGCUCCAGCGAUUUCUCGAGGCGUCCACGUCGUCGGGCGAUCCCACGGCGAUCUUGGAUCGAUUCAAAGUCAUUGCGCAGGUCGUGAAUGAACACGAUUGUGGCGUCGCGGGGUACACCAAGAAGCUCCUGACCAAGAACAACGCGACGCCGGUGCUCACGCGGCCCCAGCAUCGCAUCUACCACACACCCACGUACACGGAAGUCGAUGUCGAUGUCCACAUCUUCUCGCUUGUCGCGCGGACAGGCAUCCAUGCCCUCAUCGACAAGACAGCGAGCAUGCUCAUCGACGUUGCAUUUGUCCUCCAAGGCGAGUCCGAGGCCGAACUCCCCGAACAGAUCUUGGGCGUGUGCCGCCUCGUUCGCAUCGAUUUGGCCAAGGCCAAGCAUCUGAACGACGUCGCGAGAUCGAGCGACUCGUAGGCAAAGGAACAGAGUUUUCAAGUGCAUUCGUUUGAUCGAGUGUUUGCGUGCCUUCGCGAUCAUGACCAAGCAAUCGCCAAGCCAGGACCGUCGGCAACCGCUUGGACCGGCGCCAUCGCGACACGGUCAUGUGCUCGAGAGUGAACCCCGGAAAAAGCCGACACCCCACAUAAAACCGACAACCUCCAAAACAUGAUCUGAUUAAUAAAUUCUGCCACCUGCA